AUGGCUACACGAGCAAGUCUCCAACGGCGCCAAGCACUUGGCCUCCUCAAUGGAAAUGUCUCCACUCAUCGAGCCGCCACUCCGCGCAGAAUUGACAGUGAGUUUGACCAUGAAAAACUCAGGAGAGAAGGCCAGGUUAGAGUGCUGGGAAAGCACUCAAUUGACUUCCUGGACGACGCACAAAUACCUAAAGCUGCCCGGUAUACCGAAACCCACGACAAAAGAUUAGGAAUUGAGCACUGGUUGGAGGAUGGCGUUGUGGAUGGAGGUCUGUCGUGUUCAUCAGCUCAUGACGAUGACACGGCAGUGCUUGGACAGCUUACUAUAGAUGGGAGGGAUCGGUCCUUCUGCCAUUCAGUCUCGGAGCCAUUGAUAAACGAAGGGCAGGAGUACCGAUAUCAAGAAGAAAGGUUCGCAGAGGUAGAUAAAGGUUGUUUCGAAAGCAGGCAACGAUUAGAUUCUUUGGUGUUCCCGCGGGCGGGGAGAUCGGAUUAUCCAUUGCAGACAUCGGUCAACCCGGAGGCUCCAGUGUCCGAGGCCUUCUCCAGUUCAGCAGCAGCGGCAGCAACAGCACUUCGUCUUCGCCUCCGUGUAGCACUCUUUAAGGUGCAGACAAACCAGACUGCAAUUCCGAUAUCGCACCUGCAACUUCCCGAGGCGUCUCCACAGCCUCUCUCGGUUUUUCCGCCGUCCCUGGUGAGAGUAAGCACUGAGAGAAAUGCUCACGAUGAGUACUGUGGCUUUUUCUACGGCGACGAUAUAAAUACGGCACCACCCUCUUCACCACCACCGCUUACAAUGGCAGGCACUCUUCUUGAUGAACUGCCGUUUCUAGUACCAACCAGGUCCUCUUCACCAUCUGCAGGGUUGGACCCACUGCAAUUUGGCAGUUCCACAAUUUUGCCUCGGAGAAUUAGCCUUCGAAAUCACUAG